GUUUUCAUCACCACAUUCCAAAAUGGCUGUCGUUGGGUGAAACUGUGACAAAAUGCAUCUGUAAAUACAGCAGUGCUAGAAACUGUCAAUCGAGUCACUGAAAUGGACAAAAACCAGAUGAAGGAGCUUGACCUGCAUCUGGAUCUUGAAUACCUUGAAGAUGGCUCUGCUAAAGAUGUAGAUGGGGAGUGGCCAAGUUAUAGCAGUGGGUCAGAGGAGGAGCUGGAGAACCUCGGAGAGGGAUGGAACCAAAACAUGAACCACCCAGCUGUCCAGAAAGGAGGGGCAGCUGGGGACAUUGACCCUCUCUAUAAUGGUGGAGGCCUGCUACCUUACGAGGAUGGGAUUGAUGUUGACAGUGAAGAAGAAAGAGACCUCAUGAAAGAAAUCAAGGAUGACAUCACGAACCAAGUGCGCGAUGAAAUGAAAUCUGAACUGGACGUUUAUAAAACAAAAAUGAAAGCUUUAGAAUUUAGAGAAAACAGGAAUCAUAAAGAUAGCUCUCAUGAUAAAGCAGAGGAAAUUCUUGAUGAAGUUGAUCCAAAAUUGAAAGAGGCCAUUUUAAAAAUGAGAAAACUUGAUCGUAUCCUAGCAAAAAAGAUGAAAAGGGAGCGUGAAGUGAAAAAAGAUAGGAUUUUACUUCAAAGAAGAAUCAAAGAUGAACUUUCCGGUUUGAAAUCAGAAGGAUCAAAUGAAAGAAAGGAAGAGAAAAUGAAUACAUCAAAGUACCUGGCCUUGACUCUUCCCCUUAGUCACAAUGAAGGUGUAGAAGUGCCGAAUAACCCGAGUGAACCUGUAUUUACUACACAGCUGAAUGAACAAGACUAUCCAGAUGUUCACAGACAAAAUGGAGAGGUCGGCAGCAGUAAUAGACAGAGAAGGGGUUCAAGUCACAGGUCCCAUACAGCUUCAGAACUUAGUGACUGCCACUCUCAACAGGACUCAGAACUCGGUAGUGAGACUUCUUCAAUGGCAGGCAGCAAGUCUGGAAAAAAGAAAAAAAGAAAAAAAGACUUUAUUAAAAGAAAUAAGGAGCUUGCGUCUGAAGCUGAAAACCCUGUACCAAUGACGGACGUGGAAAGGACACGGGUGAACCAACUUCUAGAGGGUCUGGAUGCCUUACCUGAUGUGCUGGAAGAGGAGGAAUCAGUUUAUAGUGUGUGUGAGUCUGAUUCAAACCCCUUCCAAAUUGCGGUAAGACCUGGUGAGGGAUUUCAACCAGAAGCUGAAGAUCAACGAUCUCUGUCCAACAUUGAUAGUAGACUGAGGACAAUUCUACCCCCAGAGGACUAUGAGUCAGUCACGAGCUCCUCCAUGUGUAGUACCCCCCAGUACAAAUUGUUUAGACCAGUGGUUGAUAUUAGGGCUGAACGGUUUGGAGAGAAAGCUCUCCUGGAGAACAAAGAUCAGAGAGAGCUGCGUGCCCGUCUCCAGGCUGUGGAGGAGGAGCUAAGCAAGCUCCACACGUCUCAUGAGCUGGAGAUCUCUGAGACCCCACAACUAGGGGAGGAUCAGUUACAAGACCUAUUGGACCAGUGUGCUCGGUCUUUUUCCAGGACAACAUUCAACAGUACAAAUUCCAGGACAACAUUUAACGAUACAGACUCAGAUGCAGGUUAUUCUGUGUCAGAGGCAGGGUUGUCUACAGACACCACUCCCAGGACACCAAAAUCUGCCCGGGAGGUUUUGAUGGAAAAUCCUCCCCAUCUGCCUAAAGCUACCCUCCAGAAGUUGUUGGCAGAGGCUUACUGCCCUGCUGCCAGCAGGCUGUCCACCCUUCGGGAGGAGGAAGAGGAGACCGAGGAGACAGAGGCUGGAGCUGAGGAAAAUGAAAUUGUACCCAUUAGUGCUGAAACAUGGAAGUUCAUUGGUCAAGAAAGACUUGAAAAUGAGGAUGACGGAGAGUAUAUGGACCAUUUAGAUUCCAUUCGGUCAAGUCUUCAGUCCAGCUCGUCUGUGUCCAAAAGUAGAACCAACAGUCGUAACAUAUACCAUGAACAUCUGUCUUCUGGGGAUGUGUUGAGUCCGAGACAUAGUAGAUCGAAGAGUCAUGAGUCACGGACACCUUUCUUACCUGAAAUUAACCGUUCCGGAAGUUUGGUGUCCCAGGAAAUGAAUAAUCAUGUCAGUAAUCGUCCUUCCAGUAAUGGUAGUAACAGAAGCUCUAUAUUGACAGUGCGUAAUAGUUUCACUGAUGUGAGUUCCGACUUCCAGGAUGGAACAGAGUUGAUGUCUGUAAAUGGAGAUACACCAGUACCGAACCCACCCAGUAGUGAUCGCAGGUCUAGUAGAAGUAACAGGUCCAGGGUGAAAUCCCCUCCCCUUACCUCGGAGUCACGCUCACAGUAUGCCUUGUGAUACAGCUCUAAGUCCUUUGUGAUAGAAAUGAUGGGAAAGUAUUUUACCCUAUUAUUGUUGGACUGUGUUAUUGAACAGAUGGUUUCUUUACAUAUCUGCUGUUAUUCCAUUUGAGUAUUAAAACUGUAUGCUGAUUUGUUAGUCAGUGUAAUAGGUGGUUAAUAAGUACACAUUAAAUACUGUUUGAAUUCGGGAGGUAAUUUUCUGGAACCUAAAAAUGUUUUCAUUUCCAUUGUGGCUAAACUUUUACAUCCAUAUCAUUAUGAUUAAGUUCUCUAUUAUUGAUCUACAUACUGAAUACCAGGAAAUUUUUGCUAUGUAUUUAUUUUCAUGGUUUUUGAGGUUAUAGAGGAACCAUAAAUAUAUACAUGUAAACAACGAAAAUAUGAAACAUUCCAUGAACAAUUCACACUCAUAAGUACCAGCAGGCUGUGAAUGUUUUUUUAUCAAUUAAAUAAUUUCUGAAUAUGUAUUUUUGCAAAAUGAACUUUAAGUACACAUGAAAGUUUCAUUUUAUACAGCAAACCUUUCUGGAUGGUGUUCUUCUAUGAAUGUAUCGUUCAAAACUUCGAAUUUUAGAGAAUUUCAUGAGGUUCUUAUAAAACUAUGUUUGAAUGGUUUUGGGCUAUUCUAGAAAUAAAAAUAUGAGAAAGUACAUGAAGACAUUUUUUUGAGCCCCUCCGUUCCCAACUAUAUUUUUGCAUGAAUGUUUACGGUUAUUUUAGACCUGAAAACCCAUAUUAUCUAUUUGAAGUGACUCUCUUCCCAUUUAUAUUCAUCAAAGUGUUUUGCUUAUAAUUAGCUGGCAGAUAAUUAUUUCAUUUCUCCAUUUUGAAAAAAAGAGAAGAAUUUAAAGCCUUUUGGUGAAGACAAGCGGUACCAUACAGUUAUAAUUUGCUGAAAACAACUAUUUAGUUUCCAUAACUAAUACAACCCCUGAUAGUAUGACUGAUAUGCAUUGCACCACUGAAUAUUUCUUGCAUAUAGGCACCAUUUGACAUUUUUCAUCUCACAAUUAUAUAAAUCCAAUCCUAUUUUAGAAAUGUGUUGUUGCAUAACUUACUCUCACACAUUUGUCAGUUACAUGUGAAUUAAGUAUGAAGCGAUGUACAAUCAGAGACAGACUCGGUUCAUUUGCUGUAAUGUUUAUAUGGUUACAUUAUGUGUACUUUUAAGUGUAUCAUAAUGUAUCUUACAGAAUACCAACUAGUAUGUUAAGCUAGCAGCCUACACAUUGUACAUACAUGUCUGGGCUGAAGAGAACUGUAACAGCCUACACAUUGUACAUACAUGAUGUGUUUGGGCUGAAGGGAACUGUUGUGUGGUGGUAGUUUGCUGCAGUUUCCACUUUCUUUCAUUUAAGUGAACAAACUCAAAUUUUAUGCAGAAAAAACACUUCAAAUGUAUAGCUUCUAAUGAGAGAAAGUUAUAAAUGGGUAAUACAAAUGUACUAAGUUACCAUUUCAUGCUUUUCGUUGGAGAAUAAUUUACUACAUGUAGCCUGAGAUCAGUUUGACCGAAUGACGAAGUAUAUUGUGAACCGAUUAUUUAUCAAUCAUUGCUUAAAUGUGUUGAUAAUGGUAUCAUCUACCAUGAAUCUUGACCAGCCAAUUCUGGACACUACUGUCAAAUGUUUGUCUCCUUGACAUUGUCUAGUUUAUAUUUAUAAACAAUAUUAUAAGGUGCUUAUGGAUAUCAGUACACAGCUUACUCUACAUAGUAUUUUCCACUGUAAACAGUCAAAUUAACCCAAUGGGAAUAUGGAUUUUACCGGUAAAACAUAGCUACACUAUAUAAUUAGGCAAUAUUUUUCCAGUGAGCAGUAUUUUAAAAUAUAUCCAGGUAUAUUUUUGUUAGUAAUUCUCAGCAGCCCAUAUCAGUUUUUGUUGACUGUUUCACAUAAUUACAAGCUAAAGAAUCCUGAAUCACUCUGGUAUUCAUACCUGUAGUCCUAUGGUUGACAUAUGAAUUUAGUAGGAUCAACAUCCUGUGGUAAUGCUAUGUGAAUAUCCAACCCAACACUGUUAGUGACUGAUUACUGACCUCAUCAUUUGAUACCUCUGAAAUUUAACGACAGAUGUUGAGAUGUCUAUCUAUUGUAAGAAGAAUAUUUAAAUAAUUGCUUUCCUUACAUCAUUUGUUUUAAUUUCUUAAAAAAACACCUAGUGUAAAUGCAAGUAUUAUACAACAUGUAGUUGCUUUCAAAUGGAAAAAAGUAGGCAAUAAAAAUGUCAGUUCAUCAGAGGAAACACUUCAUAUUGCAGUAAUACAGCUGGCAUUCAUAACUUUAUGUAUGUUUAUUAUCGGAGAACAGUUCAUUGUAUAUCCAUACUGUAUGAUUGUUUGUAAUAGUGUGAAAGAUAUGUGUGAUGUGGAUCCUUGUUUUGGAUAGAAUAGUAAUGCUAUAGAUUUAAUUGGAUAAUGUGAGAUUGCUCUGGAUAAUAUCAUAUUGUUUUGGAUAAUGUGAGGUUGUUUUGGAUAAUAUGAGAUUGUUUUGGAUAAUGGGAGAUCGUUUUGGAUGAUGUGAAAUUGCUCUGGAUAAUGUGAGAUCGUUUUGGAUGAUGUGAAAAUGCUCUGGAUAGUGUGAGAUUGUUUUAGAUAAUGUGAAAUUGCUCUGGAUAAUGUGAGAAUGUUUUUGAUUAUGUGAGAUUGCUCUGGAUAGUGUGAAAGGUAUCAAAAGUUGCUUAUGUGGUGUGAAAGAUUAUUCUGAUAAAUAUUUUUGCCAAACCAGUCCUAUUUAUAAGCACAUUAUUUAUUUAGUACUGAUUGUAUCAGUACUUAUUAACACGUUUAAUGCUGUAAAAUAGUCAUUAAAUUCUU